GGUGUGUUUCGAGUCGCUUCAAAUCCUCCGUGUCUCCUGCAGCUUCAGGUGUUUUGUCUCCACAGAUACAGUUGAUUUCCUUGGAGUGUCUUUUUAGAACCAAGUGUUAUGGCGGACCCGUAUGCUGAACGACUUCGUGGAUUCUUCACUGCGGCAUGUGCAACUACGGCCAUUGCUCUUGCAAAAGAUGUUGGGAUACUGAAAAUCCUCUUAGAGGCUGAUGUACCUCUUACGUCAGAUGAGAUUUCCACAUGUGGAAGGCUAAAAGAGAGAUACUGUCGGGAAAUCCUGGGUGCCCUGGUGACUGCUGCUGUAAUCGAAGUGGACUCCACAAGCCGGAAGUACUUUGUACCUGCCUGCAACCGGAAGUCUCUGGCCGGAGCGGCCAUCUCCAGUCGUUUGGUGCCAUACUUCGGGGCGAAGAACGCCGCCAUCAGGGACUGCUUCAGGGAGGAGGGACCUGCAGGUGUGCGAUAUGCUGCUUUCCCCGUCGCAUUCGACAUUAUGCGAGAGUUACGAGUGUUCGCCCAGGACACCCUGCUGGAAGACUUUGUACUUGCGGUUGUCCCCGGACUUCCUCGGAAGCUAGAUCAGGGUAUAACAGCAGCGGAGCUCGGAUGUGGGUAUGGUAUACUAGCUUCAAAUCUGGCACAGCGGUAUCCGGCAACGACCUUUAUCGCCAGCGACGUUGUUGAUGAGCUGCUGGAGAUGGCACGACGAGGGGCGUCUGAGAAGUGCCUCGCAAACCUCCAGUUUGAACGUCAAGACAUUUAUGACCUCCCCGAUACAUAUACCGACAGAUUUGAUUUGAUAUUAGUUCGUGACGUCAUUCAUGACCUGCCCGACCCUGAUCGAGCAAUGCGUGAGAUAUACCGGUCCCUCAAGCCUGGGGGAGAGCUCAGUCUGCUUGAAGUGGGAGUGACUGGAACAUUAUCUGAGAACGUUGGUAACAUGGAUGCUUGUUCCUAUACCCUGAGUACCUUCAGUUGCGUGCCUGAGAGCUUCCAGCACGCUGACUCUGCUGUUCUGGGAGCUGCAUGGAAUGUCCGUCAGGCCACGGCAAUGAUAGAAAGGGCGGGUUUCACUUUGGUUAAAGAGUUCCGCAGUGACACGAACAAGCAGAAUGUUCACUACCUCUGUCGGAAAUAAUCUCCUCUUGGGUAGACGCGGUGUUUGUCUUGCAUGUUACUGUUUACCACAGCUACACUAUCAGUUCUGGAGAUUCGCUUCCUUAAAAUGUUCGUUUACAUGUGACCAGCAAGCUACUCCCAUGUCUUAAUCUGAUCUUAACAAUAUCCAGACAAGUGAUGAUCCAGGUUUUUGCUGACAAUCAAAAAUAUAUAAUUGUAUGCAUCUUUGCUAUUGGUGCAGUCAUCUUUCCAGUCAAAGCCUCCAGUAUGCUUAAUUUAACACAAUAUAUUCGACAGUAUAGUAUACAAUGUAAGGCCAAUUUCCAUUUGCCAGUGUUCACGACACAGUCCGCAUGGCCACCAUAUAGGGUAAUCACUGUGCUGACGACACAUGCAAGACCAGUUGUAAUCAGACUGUAUUGACGACACAUGUAAGGCCAGUUGUCAUCAGACUGUGGUGACGACACACGUAAGGCCAGUUGUCAUCAAACUGUGUUGACACACGUAAGGCCAGUUUUCACCAGACUGUUUUGACGACACAUGUAAGGCCAGUUGUCAUCAGACUCUGUUGACAUAUAAGGCCAGUUGUCACCAAACUGCGUUGACGACACAUGUAAGGCGAAUUGUCACCAGUCUGUGUUGACGAAAGAAGUGGGGCCAGUUUUCAUCCGACUGUAUUGACGAAACAUGUAGCCUUCAUAUACCGACAUCUGUUACAGUGGACACUGUUUUUAUUAGUGAUAUCAGUCCACCGAACUUCACCGUUACAGGUUACAUGGAUAGCAGCUGUACUCUUGGCAAAUACUGAUACACUUAGGCACAUUGUUCUUUGUUCUAUAUGCUCCAACCAUUCAUGCUGGAAGUACAUUUAUAUCAUAAAACUUCUAUUUUCUAUCGAUAAUUUAGAGACAAUUCAUAUCUCGAAUAUGAACCCAUAUGGAAGUGGCUUUGUUCUGGAAGGGUUUCGAUUGAGGCAUUGAAUUGCAGCUUGAACAGAAUAAUCAAGAAAUGUACUCUGCAAAUAUAGAAAUGAUAUUUAGAUGCAUUUAAUGUAUGAUAUAAAUAUUCAGUAGAUCAUAAUAAAUUGUUCAAACUUGG